AUUGAUGGAUCAAAUUGCUGAGGUAUUGAAGAAGAAACCUUCUGAUUUAAUUACAGGCAUUGAAAGCUGCGUGAUUAAAUGCAUACAGCCUUCAACGUUUACAAUUGCCAAUGUCUGAAGCCGCAUUCGGAAGCAAUUUUACAAAUAUGACUACAAAAGGAAUAUUGACCUUUGAUCAAACCUAUCAUUAUGAAGAGGGUGAGAUUCAAGGCCUUGCUUCGUCUGUAAUCACAAAUCUGAAAACAAAACCUACUGACAGAAGCUUAAUUGGUCAAAAGGUUGAUUUUAGAAUCAGUAAAGAACAAUUCGAGAUGUUAAUUGGGUUAAGAUCUGGGGGUCUUCCUCCCGCAGCAAAAGGGAAAAAAUGGAUGGACAAAGUUGAUUUAGCUGUUUCGUUACGAGAUGUGCUAAUAAAUGAAGGUAUUGAAAACAAUGGCAUAGAGCCAAACAAGUUUCAUAAACUCUUCACUCUUGGAGUACAUACAUAUAAUUAUAAUUAUAAUAUAUAUGGACUAGACUGGAAAUCUAAAGGCGUAUGGCGUUUAGGUUUACUACAAAAGAUUAAACUACCUACGUCAAUUGAUUGCUUGCCAGUCAUAGAGAAACUUAUUAUAUCCUUAUUACGUGUUGAGGAAACUUUACAUCAUAUACGGAAAAUCCAUCACGAAAUAUUAAUUGAUAAGGCAAAAUUAUAUCGAGCUAGGCGAACAUCAUCAUGUGCUAUGGACUAUUCCGUUUGUGAACAUGGUCGUAUAACUCGAACAAGAAGGGUGAAAGAAUAAUUUAUAUAAAAUCACAUGUACAUGAUCAAUUGUUACAUGCUGAUCACUUUUGCAUAGUAAUUCUUGUUACAUUUUGCCGAAAUUCUUUAAUACAUGAUAAAAAUAUCUCAUUGUCAAGUUCUCCAAAUUAUUGCUAACGAGGCAUUUAAUAUAGAUGUAAUAAUACACAGUGAGUGGCAUCGUUUUCAAAUUUAAAGAAUUAAGAGUAUUAGAAUAUGCAAAUGUCAUAAACUUUAAUAAAAAAAAAUUUGUUUUCAUUUAAUUAUCAAAGAUGUAUGUUCAUUUAAUUAUUUUAAUAGAUAUUGGACCAAAUAGUUAUAGUAUCAUUUCUUACACAUUAAAUAGCUUCAAAAUCUAGGUAAUC